UCGACAAUGAGAGCUGCACGCAUGGCUUGCCCCAGGUUGCUGUGGACAUUCACAAUCUUCACCUGUCUUGGGUCCACCAUGGCCCAGACCGUCACCCAACCUCAACCAGAAAUGUCAGUGCAGGAGGCAGAGAGUGUGACCCUGAACUGCACAUAUGAUACCAGUGAUAGUAGUUACUAUUUGUUCUGGUACAAACAGCCUCCCAGCGGGGAGAUGAUUUUCCUUAUUCGCCAAGAAUCUUUUAAGCUACAGAACGCAACCAAUAACCGCUUCUCUGUGAACUUCCAGAAAGACAAUAAAUCCUUCCGUCUCAAGAUCUCAGACUCCCAACUGGAGGAUGCUGCGAUGUAUUUCUGUGCUUUCUCAGGCCCAGACAACUAUCAGUUGAUCUGGGGCUCUGGGACCAAGCUAAUUAUAAAGCCAGUUAUAAAGAACCCUGAAAAUGUCACAUACCAGCUGAAAGACACCGAAUCCAGCAAAACCCUCUGCCUUUUCACUGAUUUUGAUUCUAACAACAACGUGACACUAUACAAGGAGGACGAUUAUUACAAGACGAACCCAACUGUGCUAGACAUGCUGAGCACAGGGUCCAAGAGUAACGGAGCCGUGGCCUGGAGCCGCACAGGUCCACUGGAUUGUAGUACUAUCUCUUCCUACAAGUUGCCCACCACCCCAGAAAAUUUCUGCAAUGCCACAUUAAUAGAGGAAGGCUUUGAGACAGACAUGUACCUAAACAACCAGAACCUGUUAGUGACCGGGCUCCGAGUCGUCUUCCUGAAGAUGGUCGGGUUCAAUGUGCUCAUGACUCUGCGGCUGUGGUCCAGCUGAGGUCACCAAGACUGUGAGAGCCCCGUGCUCCCGGCUCCUUGCUCCUCACAUCUCUCCUCUCCGUCUUCAAGCAGAGGUGCGCUCUACCCACCCCCCAGAGGAGAAGGCUCCCUCUGCCCCUCUGGCCCACUGGCAUCGCCACCAACUGGAUCCUAUGGGAUAUUUGUGAUCAAGAUGCCAAGGAGCUGCCAAACUCUGCCGCCACCCCCUCUCUUCCCUCAUUGCUGCUUGUCACUGCCUGACAUUCCCUGCAAAGGCGGAGGCGGCUGCUGUCUCUCCUCGCUGUGGAGAACCUCCCGAGCCCUCCCCCAGAGACUGCCUCUGGGGCCCCUGGGAUGAUGGCCCCCCAGUGGGUCCUCCCAGGCUCCAGCUCCUGCAGAAUGUUGUGAGCAGUUUAUAUUUUUAAAUAGUGUUCAUAAGAAAUACAUAUCACCCUUUCCCCAAGAUGCGGGGGAGAUGAUCUCAUUCUCGAGGCCUGCUUUGCUGUGUAUCUGAGCCACGCUGUACAGCCCGCUGCCCUCACUUCAUUAAAAGCCAUUUGGA